AUGCUCAAACUCUGGGAGGAACAUCGUCAUCGAGGCAGUGAGCCACAACGACAAAAAUUUGCAGAUAUCCUCGACGUUGUGUUGGAAACUUCUCAGGGCGAGUUUUUCCUCAUCGUCGAUGCUCUGGACGAGUGCCCCACGGCACAAGACGAACGGAGCGCGCUCUUACAAUUCCUCGAAGAACUGUUGGUAAAGCAUCCAGGCAAGAUGCACAUUCUGGCCACGAGUCGACCAGAGCCUGAUAUACGCUCGAGGCUGGGACAAUACCAAAGCGUGAACCUGGAAACUGGAUUGGCGGAAGAUGUGGAAACUUUUGUUCAUGCUCAAGUUGCCAAUGGCAGGUUGUCUAAAUGGGACGAGUCGAUUAAAAAGUGCACCCUGGAGAGAUUACUUGAUAUUCCGGAACGGCGCUUUCACUGGGCGGAUUUGCAGAUAAAGAGGCUGCAAGACUGCAAGAAUGACGUUGAAUUCUAUAAAGCGCUUGAUUCCAUUCCAGCCACACUCGAGGAUACCUAUAGAGAUAUCCUGGAAAGGCUAUCACCAGAUGAUCGAGAAGCAGCUCGAACAAUAUUGAUCUGGCUUAGUUUCUCUGCCGUGCCGCUGGAUCUGAAGACUGUCGCGGCUGUUGUGUCUUUCCGAUUUCCGGAAGCCGUAGUGACAACUUGCACUACUUUCCUAGUCACCGUGAACAUCUAUGAUGAAACUGUGAGACUGGCUCAUUUCUCUGUGAAAGAGUUUCUAGUUCUCAACGAAGCCGAGGGUCCAUGGUAUCGGUUCUCGGCCACAUCUGGCCAUGAUGCCAUAGCAAAUAAAGCGAUCGACUGUCUGCUUGGAACUACCGAGAUCCUAACAAAGAGCACCGCCUUGCAAAAGCCAUUACUGAUAUACGCUGCAAAAUACUGGGACCGCCAUCUGGCAGAACUGGGAGAUCUACACAUCAAUUGUAACGGUCUCCAGGAUAAGGUUGACCGCCUGUUCACUGAGCGGGAUGUGUAUUUCAACUGGCUGCGCUUGGCCAAUUUUGAUUGGGAUUACAUGUGGCAUCAAUCAUUCGAGGAGCUGAGUUCGCCUCUGUGUUCUGCAUCAUACAAAAGACUUGAAUCAACAGUCAAUACUUUGCUGGCAAAAGGCGCCAAUCCUAUGGGGUCAAGUCUCAAUGGAAACGGCAAUGCGUUGCUUGCAGCAGCGAGCGGGGGCUCCCUAGAGGUUCUAGAGUUGUUGUUGAAUAAAGUGGAUGAGAUACCUCGGGGAGUGACUGAAUUGAUGUUAUGGGAUAUCAAGAUCGUCGAGGCCGACAAAGAGAGGUUGGCGGCAAUUUUGGACAUGCUUUGGGACAAGGGUGCUUUGCAUGAUCAAUCAAGAGCAUCCAAGAGGAUCAUUGACGAGAGAUUAGUUGAAAGGGCAGCUAAGAAUUACCGGUCGGGCCAUAUACUAAUGGACCAGCUCCUGGAGCGCAAAGAAAAAAUGGGCAUCAAGAUAACAGCACAGUUGUUGAGAGCUGUGAUGCGGAAUACUGGAUGCGGCGAAGACAUCAUGCACUUGCUUUUCAAUAAGUGUGACGCGGAUGUAAAGCUUACCCCAACGUUGAUGCCAGAGCUAAUGUCCGCAUCUAAUUAUGGUGCCGCAAUUGUAAUUCUAAAAAGGCGGGUGAAAGAAAUCUUGGUGGAUGAAGGAAGUGUAGGAGCUUUUGCAAGGGGAAAGAAAGAAGCGAUGGAGCUGCUUCUGCAGGAGCGUGGCGAGGAAAUCCAAGUCACCCAGAAAGUCCUGGUUACAGUCGUCGGGCUUGCUCGCGAUCCACAGACCGUGAGGUUACUUCUAAACAGGAGAGAGCCUGGAACCGCUAUCGAUAAAGAGGUCCUCAUAGCCGCUGCGGGAAACUGGUCAAAAGGCAGUGAAAUCAUGGAGAUGUUGCUUGAUGAGUGCGGGCAGGACUCCGUCAUCGAUGAAGAGAUCAUUCAGAAAAUUACAAGAAACCCACGCCAAGGCUUGGGCCUGAUAAAGACGCUCCUGCGCAGACAGCAAGCGGGCUUUGUGGUCACCGAGCAGAUAUUAUGCGACGCUGCUCAAAACCACGGUCGGGAAAUGCUGGAGCUCCUAGUGAACAAUGCCGAUGGCUCUGAUCUUCCCAUUACAGGGCAAAUUUUACGCUCUGCAGCUAAGAAUCAUAAUUAUGGAGUAGCCGUGGUGGAGUAUCUAUUUGAUCUUCGAGGUCACAGUCUUCCCGUCUCGGAGGAUGUAUUGGUAUCAGUGGCAGAUGUGAAUUCUUCCUUCGUGGGAUCUCCGAAAGUGGACGAUGUGCUCACAUUCCUCUUGGAGAGAUGGCCAGAGAUGUCGGUAACUGAUCGACUGUUGGAAGCCGCAUGUCCCCUCCCUAACGCCAUGGGUCUGCUGCUGGAUCGACGGCGUGACUGUCUUCCAAUCCAAAGAAUGAUCCACAAAAUAGCAACCGACCAGCAGCACAAAGGAAGUGUGCUGGUGAUGCUUCUCGAUCGACAGCCUGUGGAAGUCGACGAGUGGCUGAUGGAAAUAGUCGCUGGUAACUCCUAUAUUCUGGAGGUCAUUUACAACAGGAAUCCGGAUUUCCCCGUGACACCAAAGAUAAUUGUCAAUGCUGCAAAAGACUACAAUUCAAUGAGCAUCCUGCUCGACAGACAGAAGGACCAAGUCUUGAUUACAGAAGAAGUGAUCAAAGCUUCAUUGUCGGGAUCGGACCCAGAAUCAGUCAUAAGCUCACUUCUGACUCGCCUGGGACCAGAGGCAGUGCCAAUUACGGAGGAUAUCUUGAUUCAUGCUAUUCGGAAUACCAGACUUAAGUACACCAAGCCUUUAGAGUUGCUUCUGGAACAACGCCGUGGCCUCAAUCUGAGUGCAGUCUGGGAAGCAGUAUGGCAGGAUCCUGAAAUUAACCCAUCUUCUCUGGGUUGGGCUGCAGGUGCUUUUUUUCAAUAUGUCAGUUUCGAUGUCUCGGAGAAAAUGUUGGAAAGGUUCCUAUCAGAGUUCCCGGAGCGUUAUUUCUCGGGUUACCCCUUUGACGAUUUUAUGCGCUCGUGCAUGCAGCACCGGAUACCGUUACCCACCACAGAGGCAGCAGUCGAGUUGAUCGUGGGAAGGUCCAGUUUGAAUACAAUCGAUAUCUUCUUGGAGGAUCAUCCUGACAUCCCUAUCACUGAGAAACACAUUGAAGCUGCCGAGGGGAACCCAAGAGAAGACGUAGACAAGGAUGCUUUGGUGUCGCUUCUAUCCGCCAGGUUGAGUUGA